UUAUCUGUAUUAAUAAAGUUCAGAAAGUGAUAUCGUUGUUGAUUUCGGAUAUUUUUUCUGGCAAUUCUUUUACAAGUCUUGGAAAAUCAAAGGGGGAAAGAUGGUCAGUAAUAAAGUACACAGGGGCCAAAGGGGCAAGAGGCCCGAAAGGCUUAAUAAAUCUAACCAUAGUAUGAAUAUAGAUCGCCCCAAAUCUGAAGGGCAUGGUGGACAUAACAUGAGGGACCGGAGCACCAUUAAACGUCUCCAAAUGUACAGAAAUUACAAACCAAAGAGAGACAGUGCAGGAAAAAUCUUACGGCCAGCACCAUUUCAAACUUGGUUAAAAUCUGGAACUGUUGCUCGAGUGGAACCAAAUAGAAGAUGGUUUGGUAAUACCAGAGUGAUUACCCAGAAUGCACUGCAGAGAUUUCAAGAGGAGAUGGAAAAAGUUAAGAAGGACCCUUACAAGAUGAUUAUGAAACAGAGUAAACUUCCUGUUUCCCUACUGAAUGAAGCUGCCAAAUAUGCUCGUCCUCAUCUUUUGGAUACCGAGAGCUACGGUGUGACAUUUGGAAAGAAAGCUCAGCGCAAAAGACCGAAAAUCAAAGUUGACAAUUUGGAGGAUUUAAGCAAACUUGUCCAAGAAUCUGAAGAGAAGUACAAUCCCCAGAAUGACAUGGAUUUAGUGGUUGAAUAUGACGGUGUACGUGAUGAAGCAAUUGAAAUGGUGUUCAAAGCUGGACAAUCAAAACGUAUCUGGAACGAACUCUAUAAACAAAAAUGGGUGACUAUUUUGUCAGAAGACCAGCCUACCAUGGCAUUCCAUGCAAGCCUCACCAACGCUUUUGGAAAAGGAGCAUUUAUUAAUUUGCUUCGACAGUUUGCAAAGCUCCAUUCAAAUAAAAAACAAAUCAGUGUUGGAUUUAUAGGUUAUCCAAAUGUUGGGAAAAGUUCCGUUAUUAAUACUUUGCGCAAGAAAAAAGUUUGUAAAGUGGCUCCGAUUGCUGGUGAGACAAAGGUUUGGCAGUACAUAACACUGAUGAGAAGAAUAUAUCUGGUAGAUUGUCCUGGUGUGGUGUAUCCAUCUGGUUCCACUCCUACAGAAAUUGUUUUGAAAGGUGUGGUACGAGUGGAACAUUUGAGGAAUCCAGAAGACUACAUUGGAGCUGUACUUGAACGAGUGCGACCUGAAUAUAUUACACGAGCUUAUAAAAUAGAAAGUUGGAAUGGUACAGAAGACUUCUUGGAAAAACUUGCCAAAAGAUACGGAAAAUUAUUGAAGGGUGGCGACCCAGAUUUCAACAAUAUUUCCAAAAUUGUGUUGAAUGAUUGGCAACGAGGACGUCUUCCAUAUUUUGUUAAACCACCAGUAAGAGAGGGAGACGAGACAGAAAGCGUUGUUGACAAAGUAGUCGUUGAGACCCCUUCAAAGGAAACUGCAAUAAUGGAUGAGGAAACUGUGAAAACCAUUCCACAAGUGCAACAGGACUUAAGCAAAAUUCAGGUGCAACCAGAGUUUGUUGGUGAUGACGUUAAAUCCGUGAAUUUGGAUGUAUCGCGAGAUGAUUCUGAUGUUGAAGAUGUUUCAGACAAAGAAAGUGAUGAAAAUGACGAUGAGACAAAAGAAAUCGCAAUUCCUAAUGUUGAGAAGGAAUCAGCUGAUGCGAAAGCAUUCGUUGAGUUAAUGACAAAGUCUAACGAAGCAGAACAAACUGCUGCUGCUGCUGGAGAAAAAGAUAAGGGAACCGAUGAUUCUUCAGAUAAAUCCAUUUCCAAAGAAGAAUCAAAUGUUACAGAGACUGCUGCACAAGAAAAUACAUCAGCAAAAGAUGAAGAUAAGAGCGAAGAGAUAAUUGAUGAUAACAGCAAAGAUGAAACUGAAGAGAAGUCUUUGACAGCUUCUCUUGAGAGUAUUCCAUCAGGAAGUGGUAUUUCUGCUGUCACAGAGGAUUCUGACGAUGAAGCUGAUUUCAUGUACAAGAUGAAGGAUCCAGAAAGCAAGCCUAGUACCAGUGUAACAAAGGAAUGUUCUUCCAAGGUGAACAUAGCCAAGUCAAACAAGAAUAAGAAACGAAAGAAGAAGCGACAUGAAGAAAGUUCCGAUGAAGAUGAAGCACCUAAGUUGACUGGCAAACAACGUCGCAAACUGGAUCGCAAAGAGAGAACGAAGAAAAUCGGAAAACAUUUCUAUGAAUACGCAAACGUGAAGAACCGAAGCGACCGAGCAAGACGGUAGAAUCAUCUUGGAAGGAACCAUUGUAAUUCUCUCUGUUUUGAGAAGGUAUUAUUCUAUAAGCAAAGAUGUAUGUAUGUAAAUAUUCUACAAAUAUAAAUAAUAUCUUUGAGAUUGUAAA